UCAAGCUGAAUAUAUGCAAGAAAUAUCAGUAAUAUCAAACAAUAAUAAGAUUACAUUAUGUAAAUUAAUCUUUAUAUAGCGGGCAAGUACUCAUAUCCGUUUGGGCAUUCGAACAACCCAGUGGGUCAUUUCCAUCGCAGGACGUACUCGUACCCCACAUAAAAUCUCAUCGAAACGAUUCCACAUGCAUUCUACUAAAGAAGAACGUAUAAUACGAGAUUCAAUCGCCUUCAAACUGCCUAUGAAAGAUGACAAAAAAGUUAAGGACAAAUUUUGGGUCAAUACUAUUUGUCAGAAAUUCAAAUCUUUUUCCAAUGCAUCUUCGAUUAAAACUUUGAAUAAUCUUAUACGUUUACCAUUUCUUGUCAAAGUCAAAAAAUAUUCAAAGCUGUUAACAAAAGCUAUCAGUGGAAGGAAUGCUUCUUUCCUCAAGUGCAAAAACGAGCAGUACGACUCAAUUGAACAAUUCUGUGAAGAACUUCUAGAGCAAACGUUAGAAUUGGUACUAAUGGAAGUACUGAGAACUGUACAGAAAACCACUAUUUAUCGGUUUUAUCACGUUUUUAAAAAAGACGAACUGAAAACUUUGGUAGCAAUGGUGCCAACUUUGCGCUUGGUAAAUUUGCAUUAUGAACAAGCCAACUGGUGGGGCAUUGCAGAAAAAGUUGAGAUAAUUUUAUGA